AUGUCGCGUCUGCCCCGACUCACCCGAUUCGUACGAUACAUGCACACCGAAGGGCGGCAGAUCGACCACCAAGGACCUACCGUCACUCCUCCAAUUCACGGACACAUUCCACCCUCAGUAUCAACUAUCGAACCUCCCAUCCCAACGCCAGAAGUGGUAGAUACCAGUCCGUUUGUCGAAUCGUCCCGACCAACACAUACCUCCAAGGGUAAAAUCAUACCGAGAAGACCAGCUAGAUCAAUCCCAGUAGCAUUACCAAAUGGUGAUCCCGAACCUCCGAGUUAUCCACCUCCAAAAGAAUAUUAUGAUAAUAUAGAUUCCAACAAAAGGGGCAAACACCCCUUAUGGCAGUUCUUCCAUUUACCUACCGCUGCUAAAGCCAGAAUCCCACCUUCGCAGAAUAAAUCUCCAUCUGAUAUGGGUAGUUUGGAAACUCUUAUCAGGGAUGAUGCGAAUUUACAUAGUGGUCGAUCAUGGACAGCGGCUGAACUUCGACAAAAAUCAUUCCAGGACUUGCAUACGUUAUGGUAUGUUCUACUGAAGGAGAGAAACGUAUUGGCUACUCAGAGGGAAGAGCGAAGAAGGUUAAAUAUCGGACAUCGAGUGGAUGGUGAAUUGUUGACCAAACGAGCGUUCAGAUGCCGAAAGACAAUGGCAAGGAUCAAAUACGUCCUUAACGAACGUCGAUUAGGUCUGAUCGCAGCUGCCGGACCUCGAUUCAACGUAGAUCCCAUCCACGUUCCAUGGUCUGCAUCACCCACGACCGAUCCAGCAGGUGCGACUUUGGCUAUCAGAGGUGAAUCGCCUAUCCCUCGCCAUAUCUUACAAUCCAAAUCAAGAUCUAAAGAUGGAGCUUUACCUGCGUCAGAGGAGAGCUUUGUAGAAGAUGAGGAAGUUGCGAAGGAAGAGGUGGAAAGUAGGGAUGAAGGGUUUGGAGGUUCAGAGGAAGCGAAGCAGUUUGAUGAGCAGAUCAAAGUGGAUGAAAGUGGGAAAGUGGAGAAGAAAGAGUAG